CUGGGAGGCCGGCUAUAAAAGACCAUCCCACGCUCUAAUGCGCGAGUUUGGAAUUUCAGUGAGUAACGGUCGAGUCGCGAGAGGAGACCGUUGAAGAGGCUUUGGCUUUUGCUUCACAGACUCAGCGCUUCUGCAGAGGAGGACUCUGACUAAGAGAAACUCAAUGAAGGAGAGAAGGUCCUGCCAGAAACUCUCACUUCAGCCCGGAAUGGAUCCGAGUCAGAGUGUGAAAUGUAAGAUAGUGGUCGUGGGGGACAGCCAGUGCGGGAAGACCGCUUUACUUCACGUUUUCGCGAAGGACUGUUUCCCAGAGAAUUACGUCCCCACGGUGUUUGAGAAUUACACAGCAAGUUUUGAGAUUGACACCCAAAGAAUUGAGCUCAGUCUGUGGGAUACAUCAGGCUCUCCAUACUAUGAUAAUGUACGACCACUCUCGUACCCUGAUUCGGAUGCUGUCAUCAUCUGCUUUGACAUCAGCCGCCCAGAGACCCUUGACAGUGUACUCAAAAAGUGGAAAGGCGAGAUCCAGGAAUUCUGCCCUAACACGAAGAUGCUGCUUGUUGGCUGCAAGUCAGACCUGAGAACAGACCUCACUACAUUAGUGGAGUUGUCCAAUCACAGACAGACACCAGUGUCAUAUGAUCAGGGUUCUGCAAUGGCUAAGCAGAUUUCGGCUCCAUACAUCGAAUGUUCUGCGCUGCAGUCAGAGAACAGCGUUCGGGACAUUUUCCAUGUGGCGACACUUGCCUGCGUCAACAAGAACAACAAAAACAUAAAACGCAACAAAUCUGCACGCUCCAAUAAGCGCAUCUCGCACAUGCCCAGUAGGCCAGACUUGGCUGCUGUGGCAACGGACCUACGGAAGGACAAAGCAAAGAGCUGCACAGUCAUGUGACUCAAUGUGAAGGAAGACAUUCUGGGAACUGCAGGGGGAGAAUAGAGGGAGGAAGGGAAAUUGUGCAUAUCCCUCCGUCCAUACACAUUGAGUAAAGAAAAGAAAGAAGAGAGGGGAAAAAAGGGAGGAGAGAGGGACACUGCACACUUUAAGUCCCUUCUUCCUCUCUUGGUUAGUGAUUCCAUAUGCAUCAUUUCACUUCCUGUAGCCUAAGUGCUGACAGCUAGUGGAAGCAGUCCUAAGGCCAAGCCCUACCCACUCCCCUAAAUUUAUCCACUCAGCAAGAGGAAGCCCCUCCCUCUCGACCAAUGGAAGGCCUUGCUUCCGGCUUCUGAAAGCAACACGACUUCUUCUCAGAACGGUUAUGACAGGGUGGCAAGCUGGAACCUGUGGCCUCAGCAGGAAAUAUGAAGAGGAACCGGUGCCACAAGCAUCAAAUAUAAGACUUAGCAUAUCUGUCUUUUUUUUUUUUUCAUUUGAAUGAGAAAAGAUGCACACCAGGCUGGUGUAUAAAUCUUCAUAAUGGAUGAGAUAGAGAGAAAGAGUGAGAGACAGAACUGGGAACAGAAAAAGAGCAAGUAGGAAUGAUAGGAGUAAAUUCUUGAACUGGUGUAUUGCGGACACACAACUUUUACUUCUCUUUCAGCCGCAAAUAACAUUAUGAAGAAGCGAAACGAAAGCCCAAUCACUGUGGUUUUGAAUCACUUCCCUUUCUUUAAGGCUAUUUGUCCAUAGCUGCUUGUCCAGUUGUUUGUUAUUUUAAGUUUAUAGCUGAGCUCAGCUAAAAUUCUGUAGUAUAUUCCACUGUUGCCAUGGAUGCACAAUCCUUAGAUUAGUCUUUACUUAUAUUCCAACCAAACAGCAAAUCAUGCUCCCUAAAGUUUUUUUUUUUAACCAAAGAAGAAUUUGUGUGGUUAAGUCCUAUGACUUGCCACUGCAUCAAAUUGAGAUGGAUGUACAGUGGAGCUCGUGUCUCAGUAAAGAUCUGUAACGAGACCACAUGAUGUACCGCAUAGACUGGGUGUGGCAAAACAGAGGUUGCUUUGAGCUUUCAGUUAACCCUUAGAAGUCAGUUAUUGCCAGUGAUAUCAAAUGUCACCGUGGUUAUCAUUUCUCACUCAUAGCUCUUUGCAACAAAUGAGGAAAUUCUGUCAAAUGUGUCGAUUUUAAACUUUCAGUCAAUACCACGUGUGCUUAUACGUGAAAGAGAUUUAAUGAUUUGCCUUUGCUAAGAAGUUAUUGUUGUGUACAGUCUUUACAUUCUUGCUGUGUUUAAUUUGUUGAAUUAGAAGAAUUUGGAACUCCAGACUCGAAACUGUCAAUAUAGAAUGUAAAUGGUAUGUAAAUGUAAUUCUUUACAUAACUGACUGUAAUUUAUCAUUAAAUCGCAUAGCAAAAUGACAAUAACUCUACUUCUAUGGGUUAACUUGCAUCAUAGGUCUAACUGCCUUUACUAAUUACUGCUGUAUUAGUUUGGGUUUAAUUAUAACUCAUAACUAGCAGCUAUUAAAUGACUAUGCUAAUAAUAAUGAUGGUGAUAUUGUAAGAAACUGGCCCAAUAGCUCUAACUAGUCCAAGGCGUUUUCCAAUCAUGUGCUUUGUUUCUGAUCUGACUUGCUCCUUAUCUGACAGGCUUACUGUCAUGUAAUGUGAAUUGUGAGAAGCUACAUUUAAAGCUCAAUCCCAGAGUAUUUGUUUCAUGUUUUGCUUUGUAUGCCCAGUCUGUGAAAGGUGGAAUAACCUUGGGUCAAGGCAAAGAGCUGCACAGUCAAGUGGACUAAUCUGAAGGUUUCUUCUAAACUAUGCAGUUUGUAUCCUCAUAAAAUACAGAGAGAGAGAGAGAGGGAGGAGAGAGAUAAAGAGAUGGAGGCGGGUGAGGUGUUGUCACAACGCGGACGUCAAUGGCUGAAGGACACAGUGGUCAGAACCAGGCGAAAGCUACAUUUCUCUCUUCAGUGCCACUGAAAGAGAGGGGCUGCACUCAGCUCAAAGCUGAUGCUCAGAAAUAUUAGGCUGACAUGCCAUUGUGUACGUAGCAGGUCAGUGAUUGCACUUUGAGGUCCACCUUUUAGAAAAAAAAAUAGCUUCUCUUAUGCAUUUCUAUUCUCUUUCUAACAAAGAUUCCUUUAGGCAGUUUCUUCCACUAUGAACUGGUAUUCACAUAGGCAGUAUUACCAUGUCUCACUUUAGUGUUAGUGCAAGAGUAUGUGUAGGUGAUGAAAGUUGCUUCGAAAGUAGGCAAUCUUGUUUUAUUUUAUUAAAAUCUGUUUGUAUGUUGUUCUGUUUGUCGACAUAAUAUUUAUUGGAUUGUUCCCUUUUGCCCUCCUAAUAAAUGUAGAAAUGAAUUCAAAAGAA